CAGCGCUCGGUGUGCUUGGAUUUGUUCGCCAUUUAAAUGGACCAAAUCGGAGGUCUUGGGCACAUUAUGGUUCUAACAAGAGUCUUGGGCAAGUUAAUCGAGGAUGGGCACCCUGCAAAUCACGCAAAGAGGAAAUCGCCGCAAAAGUGGGGAGGAACUGUUGCGUCAAAUUUGCUGAGUCACAUUCGUGAACAAGACCUGCUGUUAUAUAGCGAAUGAGAGAUACGUUAUCUUUUAACUCGAUAACAAAACUAACUCGUGCAAAUAACUGAGCAAAAUAUUUCAUGAUCUCACUUGUUUUAAGUAACGCAAAAUGAACGCAUGUUUCUUGAACGUGAUUGGUCAGAUAUGUGACGUUAUGUGCGCUGCGUCACAGCACAUGCAUUGACGGACAUACGAUCUUGAUUUGUUUACAUUUCAUUCGCUGUUCUUUUGUGCACAUUGCUUGUGUUGUUUUAUGUGUGGAUUUGGUGUUCUCAUUCAAGUUAUGUCACCGUUUUCUCAGACUAAAGUGUUUACAUCCGACAAUCAUUCACACAAAGAGAAGAAAACAGAUCCAUCAGCUAUGAAGAAACAAUCUAAGAAUGAGGGAGGAAAGAAGACAGAACAUUCCAGCUCUGACCAGCUUGCUGCUGGUGUCGAUAAACUCAGUAUUGAGGUGCCAACAUCAACAUCGGACAGAGAUAAAAUCAAGGUCAAAAUUUUGAUCAAUGUCCCAGUGGGUGUUACACCUGAGAUGAGUGAAAGACCUGAAUCACAUUGCCAGACAUUUCUUGAUCUUCUAAGGAGAACAGCUUUCAAGCCAGAAGAUGAAUUUCGUUAUAAUGAUAUUGCUGUCGUUUUCGGCAUUAAUGGAAAGGAGUCCGAGAAAGGUGCCAUAGAAACGGAAUUUCAAAAGCCAAUUCAAUCCAAAAUCGCUUUUAAAAAGUUCAACUUUACAUGGGAAAAAAACAUCCCAUUUCGAAAAAUCCGAGAAACAAUUAAAGAACAUGAACACACCAGGGAAUUUGUGAAACAAUUUAGGACAGAAAGCCCGGAAUGCAAAAUCUAUUUCUGCUUUUUUGACGCAGACGCAGUCGAUUUUAAUCAUGUGUUGAGCUCUUACAUAGAUGUAAUCCACGAGCACAAGUACCCAACAGUGAUGUCAACUGGUUAUGUGUUCCCAAAGGACAGUGAGAACAGAGUAAACAGUGAACGUGAUCGACAGGUGCGGAUAAAAACAGCCGAGCACUUUCCUCUGGGCACUUACUACCCAGAGGCCAAUUUCUGUGUGCUUCUACCUGAUGAAGAAGACACUCUUCCUGAGAAGUUUGAUUAUCCAAGAGAUUUUAACCAAGACAUGGAAUCUCCUAUUUUGAUAACUCAAGUUAAAACACGUGAAGGCUUCAAAGCGGUGUUUGCAGACAAAAAUCCAGUUGUUACCAGUCCGCCUAAACAGUGUAAAUUCCACACCAAUUCAAGGACCUGGGCAAUGAGUGCUUCUGCACACAGAGAUCUUGAAUUUACUGACGAAUAUAUAAGCAAGACACAAAAAAAAGGUGCAAAUGACCGCCGUGCAGGAAUUGGAGCGUUUAUUCCUCUGUUAAUGGAUCUGAUAAACAAUGCUAAAAUCACAGAAGAAGAGAAUAGAAAACAUUUUAAGAGUCCUGGUGCUGAUCAGGUAUUCCAGGGAGCUGGAGCUGUUCGGCACUUAUUGGAAUGAGACACAGAUCGAGGAUCCAACUGCAUUUUAAAAGGGUCAAUACAAAACCAUAAUCCAAAAAUACAGGCGAAAGUCAAAUUCCUCAUAAUCAGUUGAAAAAUGAAUAACGGAAAACAGAUGAAAUAAACAAAGAAAAUAAGGCAGAGAGGCAGUGUUACAUUAAUAAGAUUACAUGAACAAUGACAUAAGACCUGUUUAAAUAAACAAAGAAAUGAAUCAACAAUCAUGAGUCCGGCAAAGGGUUAUGGGAAAUGGAGUCCAGAAUUAAUAACAAAGGUAUGGCAUGUAGUGCCCUCUUGUGGCCGAGCCAACAUUUGUGCAGUAUAAUGUAUGUGUGUAAGGUGGGUUCUGUGGCUCCACCUUGCUAGAAACAUGUGAUUCUGACAAUAUUAUGAAUCCAUUUUUUUUUCAACAUUUAUCCUUCAAUUACAAUAAUGAUUUAAAUGUGAUUGAGAUCUAAUAAGUACUUUUUGUGAUUGUGUGAUAAAUAUUAUUGAGUGUUACUAGAACACUUUUUUUAUGUUGUCAUGACUGUAUGAAAUCGAGCUAGACAGUUGUAUUGACAUGUAAAAACGGAAAGGUGCUAUUUCCAUGAUUCACAGUGCCAUCAGAUUAUUUCUCAUUAAAUAUAGUCUAAACUUCUGGAAGUGAGAAAGUGUCUUCUCAUCAAGUCUUGAGAACAUUCUGCCGACCAGUGAGAAACAAAGUACUUUUGUAAUAACCGAUGAGUUGUUUCUGUUAUCAUUAAUAUUACUGUACAGAUGUAACAGCAGGUCAGUCUGUUGAACUCCUCAUGAGUGCUGAAGCUGACCUCUGCUUGUGUUUCUUCAGUAAAUGUUGUUUGAUCAUCUUCA